UCAAAGUCAAAGCAAAGUACUUAAAGUUAUGGUGGUAUACUUUCACAAUAUAGUGAAGACAUAAGUGUUCAUGUACAUAAAUUGUAGUUGAUGUUAGCUGUUGGAAUUCGUUGAGAAAUUACAAAAUGUUAUUAAGACAUCUAGCACUCCUGGUUCUUAUGACCUUUGUAGGACAUGGGAAGACGAAAUCCGUGUCCAUGGUUAACAAAAGGCACGCCAUGAUGGAAUCUGCUGGCAAGGACGUUAUUGAACGACUUAUUUUAAGGUUAAAACGAGGCGUACCCCUUAUGAGCGAAGACGGAGGUUCAAGAGCCACGGAAACGCCGCCGACGACACAAAUUGUCCCUGAUACGCCACCUCCCAGCCCGCCAGUCCAAGCUGUAGAAGCUACAACAAUAACAUCAACAACAGUCGCUACAACAAAAACAAAAAAGACAAAACUUUGGCACAGUGCUCUUCAUAGAGAUUGGAGAUACGCUGUUCGUCUUCCAAUGUGGCCGUUUAAUAUGAAAAUUAAGUUUUAA